CAUCCCCCGCUCCGCCGCCGCGGCCGCCUCCGCGCCUCCCCGCUCUGGGGACGGGACCGGGCCCGGGGCUCUCCCCGCCCCUCCGCCGCCUCCCGGUGCCGCACGCAGCCCCGAGCCGCCCCUCGGCGCCCGGCCCCGGCCAUGUCGAUGCUGCCGUCGUUCGGCUUCACGCAGGAGCAGGUCGCCUGCGUGUGCGAGGUGCUGCAGCAGGGGGGGAACCUGGAGCGCCUGGGCCGCUUCCUCUGGUCGCUGCCGGCCUGCGACCACCUGCACAAGAACGAGAGCGUCCUCAAGGCCAAAGCGGUGGUGGCCUUCCACCGGGGCAACUUCCGCGAGCUCUACAAGAUCCUGGAGAGCCACCAGUUCUCGCCCCACAACCACCCCAAGCUGCAGCAGCUCUGGCUCAAGGCGCACUACGUGGAAGCCGAGAAGCUGCGCGGGCGGCCGCUGGGCGCCGUGGGCAAAUACCGGGUGCGCCGAAAGUUCCCCCUGCCCCGCACCAUCUGGGACGGCGAGGAGACGAGCUACUGCUUCAAGGAGAAGUCGCGGGGAGUGCUGCGGGAGUGGUACGCGCACAACCCCUACCCUUCGCCCCGCGAGAAGCGGGAGCUGGCCGAGGCCACCGGGCUCACCACCACGCAGGUCAGCAACUGGUUCAAGAACCGGCGGCAGCGGGACCGGGCGGCGGAGGCCAAGGAGAGGGAGAACACGGAGAACAACAACGCGGCCACCAACAAACCCAACCAGCUCUCCCCUCUGGACGGGAGCAAACCCCUCAUGUCCAGCUCCGAGGAAGAAUUUUCACCCCCGCAGAGCCCGGAUCAGAACUCGGUCCUCCUGUUGCAGGGGAACCUCGCUCACGGCAGGAGCUCCGCGUACCCGCUGGGCUCCCUGCCCGCCCCCCCGGGCACGCACAGCCUCCCGGGCCAUCAGCUCCAGGACUCGCUGCUGGGGCCGCUCACCUCCAGCCUGGUGGACCUGGGCUCCUAAAGGGCUCCGCUCGCGGACACGGACUCUCGGUUGUACAUAGCGGACGGUGAUCCUGAACGUGACUUCGGCUCUUCUCCACGGUCUCAGCUCCAGGUCCGGUCCCCCCCCCCCCAACUCCUUUCCCUACUGUCGUUAUUUUUAUUGUUAUUAUUAUUAUUAUUAUUAUUGAUAUUUUUUUCCACGUAGCCAAACGCAGAGAGCGGCAGAAAGCCCUCAGCCUUUCGAGUUCAAGUGAGCGGGAAUUAUAACAGAAAGAGAAAUGAAAGGGGAGAGGGUGGGGGAAAAAAAUCGAACCUCGGAUCCCCAUUGCGCCCCAUAAAUCCCAACUGAUGCGGCCCAGAGGCAGAGGGAGUGCAGGGCCCUUUGUGGCAGCAGGAGGAGGGAGGGGAACUUUUCGUUUACAUUUCUUUUUUUUUUUUUCUUUUUUUUUUUUUUUCAUAUUUAGCUUCACCAGAAGGAUUUCGAUGUAGUUAAAAAAGAAAAAAUAUAUCUAAAUAUAAUUAGGAAGCGACAGUAUGAGGGUUUUACCAAGUGCCUAUGUCUUAACGCGGCGGUGCUGCUCCCCGGCCGGGACACGCAGCGAUUCGGCUACACAUUAGGAUAAGAACAACAGCGAUAAUAAAUGCGGACGGCCCUUUCCUUCUGCAGGAGCGUCUCUCUCUGUCUGCCCCCCCCCCAACUCCCAGCUCUGCCUCUCAGUGAGCCCGCAGCUGUCUGCCUCGAGUCUGUGUUACCGACCUCGCGUGUGCUUUCAGGUUUCUUUUCUAUUGUACUCAAACAGCCGAAAUUAAACACCGCUGAUGGCAGAACCCCGACGCUGCGCUCUUCUCUGUGAGGCUCCUCACACCCCCCUUCUCCCUCCCUUCCCACGACGUGGGAGCCGCUCUCCUUCCGCCGCUGCCCCUUCGCUGUGCCACCACCGAGGGACGGAGCCGAGGUCGGGGUUCGGGAGCUGCACACCGGCACCGCCCCCGGCUGCACGGCGCGGAUGGUGCCGCUUUCCGCACACCCCCGCGUCCGCGUUUUGCACCAUCGAGCGGGUGUUUAUUUAAGGCUCCACCGUGUUUGUACUCGGGAUCUCGGGCCGUGGAGAAAUGUCACCCUCUGCAGGAGGGUCUCUCUCGGCCGCCUUCUUCCCGAGCGGGUCCC